GCCGAGCGUCUGAAGAAGGAGAGAGAAAAUAGAGACAUUACCUUCAGGCUUUUCAUUUUCUGUGCUACCUGCCACAAACAUGCCCCGGUGCUGCUAUUUUGGCCCCGGUCACCUGUUGACCUGACAGACAAGUGUCAGGGGAGAGCGCACAUGUCAGCUGCAGGUGGAGACUCUCAGCAGGGAGCGAUGCUGUGGCGAUGCUGACUCACACAGUUGGAGCCCACGAUAACAGAGCAUUGAGGGACUGCAGUUGAGCAGUUAACCAAGGCAUCACUCUGGAGGUUUCUCCACUGAAGAUGUACGGCCUGUACUUGGAAGCAGUGAACGAUUACAUCAACGAGUCGUACGGCGAGGAUGUGUGGAGGCUGAUCGAGAACCGAGCAGAGAUCCCCCACCUCAAGUUUGUCAGACAUCAGAUGUACAAUGAUAACUUGAUCCUUCGGCUGGCUAAGGCAGCGGGCGAGGUCCUGGGGAAAACCCACGAUGAGCUCAUGUACGCCUUCGGGGUCUACAUGGUGAAGAGGAUCGGAAACUAUGGAUACGAGAGGAUCCUGAAGGUGUUGGGGCGAAAUGUGCGCGACUUCAUCAACGAGCUGGACAACCUGCACGAGUACUUCCGCUUCUCCUUCCCAAAGGUGCAGCCGCCGAGUUUCUGCGUGGAGGAGGAGUGCGAGACGAGUCUCACGCUUCACUACCGCAGCACUCGCAAAGGUUUCACGCAGUUUGUCAAAGGGCAGCUCUCUCAGGUGGGACGACAGUUCUACAACACGGACAUCGAGGUGGAAAUCUUGUCCAAGGAGGAGACGGAGAAAAUGACAUACGUGGUUUACAAGAUGAACUUUGACAACGCGGCCUUCAAGCACCGCAUGCCGCAGCAGAAGACGGCGCCGAGCUACGAGAAGCUGCCGAUGAAGCGGGGCAUCUUUUUCGACAUGUUCCCGUUCAGCGUCAUCUUCCGCCGCGACAUGACCAUGUACCGCAUCGGCGACGGCCUCAAGGAGGUCUUCUCCGACCUCCAGGGCAAGAAGGUCAACGAGGAGUUCACGCUGGUCAGACCCAUGCUGGAGUUCAGCUGGGAUAACAUCUACACCCAUUUGAACAACGUCUUUGAGCUGAUGUCGAGAGCAGUGGUGGAGAGCAAGCAGAAGGUCAACAUCCCGAAACUGAGCAAGGAGGAGCCCGAGGAGAGAGAGGAGAGCGAGAAGGCAAAGAGGGAAGAAGAGCGAGCAGAGGCAAAGGCAGUGGAGGAGAUGAAGGACACAGACCAGGAGUACAGCAGCGCUCCCACCCAGUACAACAGCUCUGCCAACUCUGGAGGAGAGGAUAUUGAACUCCUGGCGUUCCAGACUGUUACUGGAAAAUGUAGCGAGACCAUAUUCGAGGACAUGCGGGAGCCUCCGAAGAAGCCUCUCCAUCUGAAGGGCCAGAUGAAGUAUGUCCCUCAGUGGGACUCCCUCAUCUUCCUGGGGACGCCCAUCAUAGAGACGGUGGAGGACAUGAUAAAGAUGGGUGUCUACGUGAACGAUCUGAACCUGCACGACUCCAGCAGAGAGCUGAUUCUGGCUGGGACGCAGCAGUCGGCUGAGCUGCAGCUGGCCCUCGAUCAGGAGCAACAAAAAUAUGCUCAGCUGCAGGAAAUCAUCAAGAAGCUGGACGAAGAAAAGAAGCGAGGAGACUCUCUGCUGUACGCCAUGAUCCCUAAAGCUGUGGCCGACCGCCUCAGGAAGGGGAUCACUGCACUGGAGACGUGCCAGGUUUUCCCAGACGUGACCAUCCUGUUCAGCGAUGUGGUCAAGUUUAACGAGAUCUGCAUCCACAUCACACCCAUGCAGGUGGUGGACAUGCUCAACGAGAUCUACAUCGUCUUUGACACGCUCAGCGAGAAGCACAACGUCUACAAGGUGGAGACGAUCCGCGACGCCUACAUGGUGGUGGCGGGCGUUCCCAACAAGACCACGUUUCACGCUCACCACAUCUGUGACAUGGCUCUGGACAUGCUGAGCUCCAUCGACCACCUCAAAGACCCGUCCACCGGGGACAAUAUCCAGAUCAGAGUCGGUAUUCACUCAGGUAUGGUGGUGGCCGGCGUCGUGGGACUGAAGAUGCCUCGCUACUGUCUGUUUGGCGACACCGUGAACACCGCCUCGCGGAUGGAGAGCAACGGAGUGGGCAUGCAGAUACACAUCAGUCAAACCACCAAAGACCACCUGGAGCACGAGCCGUACAUCAUCGAGGAGAGGGGGAAAAUCUUUGUCAAGGGUAAAGGCUACAUGAAGACCUACUGGCUAAAAGGAAAGAAAGAUCUAUCGUUCAAGACCCCGGCAGAGCUGCGCUACAGCAGUGAACAGAAAGACUCUGAGGACAAAAGCUCGAAUGGUUCCACGAGCAGCAACGCCAAACGCAUGGCCUCCAACCUGAACAUCACCAACAACGAGGAGCAAGCAGACAGCAAGCCGAGCCCCAGUGACCUGCCCCUCGACACCCUGCCCCCACCAGAGGCCGCCAACGAGCCGCCCUCCCAUUCCGUCGAGCCUCCGGAGAAGGAGAAAGCCAAAAAGACUAAGAACUACAAGGGAUCCAGGCUGGAAGUGCCCCAGGGAAACGCGGCGCCAGAGUCCUCGCCGCCAGCUGACGUGCUGGAGAACCCGGGUCCUUUACUGAACAACAAGAGGAACAGCUUCAGGCAGCAGUACGCCAAGCUGCCCACGACCCUGCCCCUGCCCCUGCGCAGCACCGCCUGCACCAUUCUGUGAGAAGAAUGAAAAGAAAAUUCAAAAUGUGACCAAGGUGUGAAGUCUGAUCAGGGCCCAGACAAAGCAGCAGUUUCAAAAUCCUAAUGAUUCUUGCUCACAGAUGAUCCACACGUUCAUGUCGACCUGUCAAAACAUCUUGAGUUAAAUAAGAGUACAAAUUUAAACAACUUAUUUUUAAGCAUUUGCCAUUUACCGUGUACAGUUAAGAAAAAACAAACAAACAAAAGCCUCCAGUGAAAAAUAUGUCAUGGAACAAACUUGCACAUUUGAAUUCAGUGGGUAUGUGAGUGAUAUAGAAAGUGAGAAAAUGCCUUUUUUUAAAAGAAAACAACACAACGUCUCCAACCACAUGUACCGAGAAUUCACAGGUUUCACAACACGCCUUCCUUAUGUGGAGAAAAAAAAGGAAGUCCAACAUCCUCUCUACACAGAAACACAUGCAGGGAGAAACAGAACUGUGUACUACGUGUAACAGCAGCCGCGACCGUGCGGUUAUUUCAGUUUCUCUUUAUGCCGUUUCCUGCUGAAUCAAUCACUGGAAUAACUUAAACUUUUGUGACGGGAAUCAUGUUAAAGAGUGACUGUUCACGUUUCUUUGAAGUGUGGUCGUACGACACAAAGUCCGCGCCGACUGUGCCGUGCUUUGCUCAGAACUGGCACGAGACAGGCAGCCACAGUCAUUAGAGAGCAUGGCUGCCGGCAGGGGCUCAAGGAAAAGGGGAUUUUAGCCACUUAACUAAAAGCUCACCCCAUAAAAUCUACAUCAGCUUAAGCGUAUGCUCUCUUCUGGCUGCUUUAUCUUGCUGUUUCUAACAGAGAAGUGAAAUGUGUUUUUGCUUUGCACACCUCGCACCACAGUCCAUUAACAAAAUCUGCAAUUUUACAUCACUGCAGACAGGAGCUGUUGAUCCACUGCUGCCUCAAUUACUGGGUUAAAAUGUGUUAUUAGGUGACUUGUACGUUUGGAAUGCUUUGUUUUGAAUUACCUAAGUGACACAGGCGUACCAAAUGAGGCAGCAGCAGACCAGCAGCUCCUGUGUCCAUCAUGAGCUAAAAACACAGAUUUUCUUUGUGGACUUUGGUGUGGCAGAGUGAAUGGAUUCAAAAGUGACAUAAACUUCAGUUUCCGUUUCUCAUAGUAAGUAAUAGUAAGAUAAAGCACAAAAUGUAUUAUCAAGGUAGAGUAAACCUCAGCUGGUCUGGAUUUUAACGGAUGAGUUUUUCCCGGUGUCCCCUUUUUGCAGCUAUAUUUAAUGUCUCUAUAUUUACUCAUACAACCACACCUCAAAAACCUUGAACUAUCCCUUUCAGGUGUACAAUGGCAACAAAUUACAGGAUGUGAACACUAGGGAAAUUAAAGUGAGCCAUCUUGUGACAGAAGAACAAACAAAUUUGAUUGGAUGCUUCAUCUAAUUCACUGAGAGCAGACAUCAUGUAGGCUUGUUUUGUCAUUUUCUUUCAAUUAGACAUAAUUCAGAAAGUAUUUGGAUAGAGUUUCACACCGUUGUCGAAAUGAGUUUUCAUUCUACUCUCUGUAUGUAACUGACUGCAUUUGUUUCACUGUAUGAUAGUAUGUAUUUAUAUAAAAACUGCAUGUACAGGCACUAAAAAUA